UAUUGCGGGCGCGCGGCAACCUUGGAUCAACGCCCCGCUGCUUCGGCCCACUCUUCCCUUGCAAGCUGCGGCUCCCUCGCGGAAACAUUAAAGGGUUUAGGGAAGGGCGCGGGGCCGAGAGUCAGAGUGGGACCCGGGAUCUCCCCGCGCCCAGUGGGCAACCAUGACCGACGAGAGCUCCGAUGUGCCCCGGGAGUUGAUGGAAAGCAUAAAGGAUGUUAUUGGCAGAAAGAUCAAAAUCUCAGUGAAGAAGAAAGUGAAGUUGGAAGUGAAGGGAGACAGGGUGGAAAACAAAGUACUGGUGCUCACGUCAUGCCGAGCCUUCCUCCUGUCAGCCCGCAUCCCCACCAAGCUCGAGUUAACCUUCAGCUAUCUGGAGAUUCAUGGAGUCAUCUGCCACAAGCCAGCUCAAAUGGUUGUAGAAACUGAGAAGUGUAGCCUGUCCAUGAAGAUGGCAUCAGCUGAGGACGUGAGUGACGUGCUGGCUCACAUAGGCACCUGCUUGCGGAGGAUAUUUCCAGGCCUCUCCCCACUGAGAAUCAUGAAGAAAGUCUCCAUGGAGCCAUCUGAGCGCCUGGCCAGUCUCCAGGCCCUGUGGGACAGCCAGACCUUGGCUGAGCCAGGGCCCUGUGGUGGGUUUUCCCAGAUGUAUGCCUGUGUGUGCGACUGGCUGGGGUUUUCCUACAGGGAAGAGGUGCAGUGGGAUGUGGAUACAAUUUAUCUGACACAAGACACCAGGGAAUUGAACUUACAAGACUUCAGUCAUCUUGAGCACAGAGACCUGAUCCCCAUCAUUGCGGCCCUGGAAUAUAAUCAGUGGUUCACGAAACUGUCCUCCAAGGAUCUUAAGCUGUCCACAGAUGUCUGUGAACAGAUCUUGAGGGUGGUGAGUCGGUCCAACCGACUGGAAGAAUUGGUGUUGGAAAAUGCUGGACUCAGAACAGAUUUUGCACAAAAAUUGGCCAGUGCUCUAGCACAUAAUCCUAACUCAGGACUUCACACGAUCAACCUCGCCGGGAACCCGCUGGAGGAUCGAGGUGUGUCCUCCUUAAGUAUUCAAUUUGCCAAACUCCCAAGGGGAUUGAAGCAUCUAAACCUUUCUAAAACCUCAUUGUCGCCUAAAGGGGUGAACAGCCUUUGUCAGUCUCUCAGUGCCAACCCUCUGACUGCCUCUACCCUCACCCACCUGGACCUCUCAGGGAAUGCUCUCCGUGGAGAUGACCUCUCGCACAUGUACAAUUUUCUGGCGCAGCCCAACACCAUUGUUCAUCUGGAUUUAUCUAAUACAGAAUGUUCUCUGGACAUGGUGUGCAGUGCUCUUCUCCGGGGGUGCCUUCAGUGUCUCGCUGUGCUCAAUCUCUCCAGAUCGGUCUUCUCUCACAGGAAAGGAAAGGAAGUCCCCCCGUCUUUCAAGCAGUUUUUCAGCAGUUCUCUGGCUUUGAUGCAAAUCAAUCUUUCAGGCACGAAACUGGCUCCCGAGCCCUUGAAGGCACUGCUCUUGGGCCUGGCCUGCAAUCAUAGCCUGAAGGGGGUUUCUCUGGACCUCAGCAACUGUGAGCUUGGCCACUGUCUGAGGUCAGGAGGAGCUCAAGUGCUAGAAGGCUGCAUCGCCGAAAUCCACAACAUCGUCAGCCUGGAUAUCUCCGACAACGGCUUAGAAUCCGACCUGUCUACCCUAAUAGUGUGGCUCAGUAAAAACAGAUCCAUACAGCACCUGGCGUUAGGCAAAAAUUUUAAUAAUAUGAAAUCCAAAAAUCUGACGCCCGUGUUGGACAACUUAGUGCAGAUGAUCCAAGAUGAAGACUCUCCUCUGCAGUCCUUGUCCCUGGCUGACUCAAAACUCAAGGCUGAGGUCACCAUCAUCAUCAAUGCCCUGGGCAGCAACACCUCCCUGACCAAAGUGGACAUCAGUGGAAAUGGCAUGGGUGAUAUGGGAGCAAAGAUGCUCGCCAAGGCUCUGCAGAUCAACACCAAGCUCAGGACAGUCAUCUGGGACAAAAACAACAUCACCGCCCAAGGCUUUCAAGAUAUAGCAGUUGCCAUGGAAAAGAACUACACACUGAGAUUCAUGCCCAUUCCUAUGUAUGAUGCCUCCCAAGCUCUUAAAACAAACCCCGAGAAGACAGAAGAGGCCCUACAGAAGAUAGAAAACUAUCUGCUCCGGAAUCACGAGACUAGAAAAUACCUUCAGGAGCAGGCCUACCGUCUCCAGCAGGGCAUCGUCACCAGCACCACCCAGCAGAUGAUUGACCGGGUGUGUGUGAAGGUUCAGGAUCACCUCAACUCCUUGCGAUCCUGUGGGGGUGACGCUAUUCAGGAGGAUUUAAAGGCAGCGGAGCGGAUCAUGCGUGACGCUAAGAACUCUAAAACGUUGUUACCGAACUUAUACCAUGUGGGCGGUGCUUCCUGGGCAGGAGCCAGUGGUCUGUCAUCCAGUCCCAUUCAGGAGACCCUGGAGUCAAUGGCCGGAGAAGUCACAAGAGUUGUCGAUGAACAACUGAAGGGUUUGCUUGAGAACAUGGUGGAUGCGGCUGAGAACCUCUGCCCCAGUGUGAUGAAAAAAGCCCACAUCCGACAGGACCUGAUCCAUGCCAGCACUGAAAAGAUUUCCAUCCCACGCACCUUUGUUAAAAAUGUCCUGUUGGAACAGUCCGGAAUCGACAUUCUUAACAAAAUUAGUGAGGUGAAGCUGACAGUGGCCUCUUUCCUGUCUGACCGCAUCGUGGAUGAGAUCCUGGAGGCGCUCUCCAGCAGCCAUCGGAAGCUGGCGGACCAUUUCAGCAGGAGAGGCAAGAGCCUUCCCCAGCGAGAGGCCCUAGAGGUGGAGCUGGUGGAGGAGAAGCCGGUGAAACGUGCCACACUUAUGGUGGAGGAUCUCACCGAGGUGGAGAGGCUGGAAGACCUAGACACCUGUAUGACUCUCUGCUGUACAAGUAUGACUCCCAAGUCCAAGAGGAAGAGCAUCCAUAGCCGAAUGCUGCGGCCUGUCUCCAGGGCGUUCGAAAUGGAGUUUGAUCUUGACAAAGCCCUGGAAGAGGUUCCGAUUCACAUCGAAGACCCGCCUUUCCCAUCAGUCCGACAGGAGAAGCGAAGCUCAGGGUUCAUUUCUGAGCUGCCCUCAGAGGAAGGCAGGAGACUGGAACACUUCACCAAGUUACGGCCCAAGCGGAACAAGAAGCAGCAGCCCACACAGGCAGCGAUCUGUAACAUCAGCAUCAUCCCCCAUGAGGGAGAACAGAACGGCCUCAUGGGCAGAGUGGAUGAAGGCGUAGAUGAAUUUUUCACCAAGAAAGUGACUAAAAUGGAUAGCAAGAGGUCAUCUACACGCUGCUCCGAUGCCCACGAACUGGCCGAAGGAGAUGAGAAGAAAAAGCGAGAUUCUCGGAGAAGUGGCUUUCUUAACCUAAUCAAAUCGCGGUCCCGAUCUGAGCGGCCGCCCACAGUCCUGAUGCCAGAAGAGCUCUCCUCCCCAAAGGGGGCCAUCCGGAGUCCACCGGUGGACACCGCCAGGAAGGACAUAAAGGCAGCUGAGCACAAUGGUGCUGCCGAACGCACAGAGGAGGCGAAGACGCCGGAACCCCUGGAGGAGGGUCCGGCCGAGGAAUCCGGCAGGGUGGAGCGCAGCGACAGCAGGGGGAGCCCCCAGGGUGGCCGGCGCUAUGUGCAGGUGAUGGGCAGCGGGCUGCUGGCUGAGAUGAAGGCCAAGCAGGAACGGAGAGCAGCGUGCGCGCAGAAGAAGCUUGUCAAUGACAUCACCUCCCAGGAUUCCUCCAGCCCAGUCUUGAGCAGCACUGAGCGGUCGGAUGGAGGUGGGACAGUGCCCAAAUUGCACCCAGGUCUUCCAGAGGCCCGCUUUGGUUUGGGAACACCAGAAAAGAAUGCCAAAGCAGAACCCAGAGUGGAUGGGGGCUACAGGUCUCGAAGCUCCUCCAGCGUGCCCACCAGCCCGAAGCCCCUCCUGCAGACCCCCAAGCCCAGCCCAGGAGCCCGGCCCUCCAUUCCCCAGAAGCCAAGAACUGCCUCCCGACCCGAAGACACCCCAGACUCUCCAUCUGGUCCGAGUUCCCCUAAAGUUGCUCUUCUUCCACCCACCCUCAAAAAAGCCCCCUCGGACAAGGAGCGCGAUGGCCAGAACAGCCCCCAGGCCAGUCCCAGGACCCUCCCCCAGGAAGUACUGCCAAGAGGAGAUUAUUUCAAAAGGCAUUCAGAUCAUGACAGAGGCAAGCCUUCUGGUAGAGGGAAGAGAUCUUCAAAACUCUACUCCACCAUUGCGGAAGAGGAAGUGAACGCACCUGGGUACAGGAAGUCACAGCCAACAAAUGUCUCAAGGGGAAGCUGGGGUCCACAGGCCCAGGAGUGUCAAGAACAAAAACCGCGGUCCUCCGGCAAAGACGGUCACCAGGGAAGCAAAUCCAGUGACUCCGGAGAGGAGACAGAAAAAGAGUUUAUUUUUGUGUAAUGGUGCCCACCCCACGCCUUCCCAUGCAGGGUGCUCUCCUCAGCCCUCAGAGAGGAGCCACGGGCAGUGCGUCUUCUCCUUCUCUGGUGCUUUCUUCUUUCUCUCCUUUCCUUCUUUUUCUUAAAAAAAAAAAUAUAUAUAUAUAUCCAAAGUCCACUUUUUGGUUAUCAAAGCACAUUUUUGGUCUUCCCCAUUCUCAGCAUUUGAUUUCUAAACAUUGUUUCUUAUGCCUUCAACAAAAAGCCAGCAAUUACUCCACGGGCCCUACUUGAAUUUCUCUGAGGCAGCUACACAUUGCCCUGCAUGGUGAGAUUUUUGGAAAUUAGUGAAGUAACUGGACUCACACCCAAGUAACUAUCCAGGCGACGCUGGGAUGCUGCAGGGUGUAUUUCCAUCAGACCCACACAUGACUCAAUAUAGCAAUUUAUUCUUGAUGUAUGCAAUUGCACAUUGUAAUUAUAUUAACAGAGCACACUAAUAAAUAAUUUGUAUAAAUUAUAUAUAUUAGAUCUUGGGCAUUGUUCUUACAUUCUUCCAUGGGGGGAGCACAUCCUUCCCCAUGGAGAAGUGUACAUUUAAAGCUUGGUUGGUAACCUUUGCAGACCACCAGCAACCACAGCUAAGAACAGAGUGUGAGAAGCCCAGAUUCGUGUAUAUAGUUGAUUGGAAUGAGGUCUUAUGAAUAUUCAUGUUUUUGAAGGCUUUUAAUUUCUGUCUGCUUAUUAGCUUUUAACGUGUGGUUUUUAAGAGAAAAUUUUGGCACCUGUAAAAAAAAAAAAAAGAUGUCUAAAUACUACUCUUUAUAAAACAUCUCACAAAUAUUCACUUACAUUACAGGCUGAAAGUAUUUUAUUCAUAUGUAUAUUUAUACCAAUAAAAUGAUUCUCCAAGUGGGA